GGCGUCGGCGGCUGCGGCCACCUCCAGCCCCCGGGAAGCAGACCCGCUCCACCUGGCCCCGGUGGCGGCCCAGCCUGGGCCUGGAGUGCUGAGGGCUGCACUCCCCCAUCCCCUGUGCUCCCCAUCCUUGCCUUCACCAUGUUUCAGGAUGCUGGAGCAGCCCAGGCCACCACCUCUCAUGAAGCCAAGAGCGGCCCUAGCGGCAACACAGUGCAGCGCUCCAAGUCAUUCAGCCUUCGGGCACAGGUGAAGGAAACUUGUGCAGCGUGUCAAAAAACUGUCUACCCCAUGGAGCGUCUGGUGGCUGACAAGCUCAUCUUUCACAACACUUGCUUCUGCUGCAAGCACUGUCACACCAAGCUUAGUCUGGGCAGCUACGCAGCACUUCAUGGAGAGUUUUACUGUAAACCCCACUUCCAGCAGCUGUUUAAGAGUAAAGGCAACUACGAUGAAGGCUUUGGACGAAAGCAGCACAAGGAGCUCUGGGCCCACAAGGAGGUGGCCAGUGGUACCAAAACAGCCUGAGGCCCUACGGAUGCCCUCUUCCUACCCCGGAUCCCAGGGGCCUUUGGGGUGGGGUGGGGAGGAGCUUGGGAAAGAUUGAAUUGGGGGGAGGGGGGAAGGACAAGUAUGGGGGUUGCUCAGGCUGGUUCCAUGAUGACGGGGGCUAACUUGCUGUCUUUUGUCUGCAGAGGGGGGUGGGGGUUCAGUGCUAGCCCACUUUGUCCCAGGGGGCACCUCAUUCCCACUUGGGCCCUCCAGUUUGAUUUCAUACCCCCUUCCCUCAGUAGGCCUCAGAGAAGCAGGCCCCAGGGAAGGAUUUCCCCCUAUCUUGGUGCCUUCUCUCCAGCUGGGAGCCAGCCUGCCCACCACCUCCUCCAGGGUCCAAGGGCUCCGCACUGCCAAUGAGGGCCCUGUGCCCCCUCUCCCCUCCCAUCUACCUCUGUCCACGUUCUGGUUCUGAGUUACACCCAAGACAUCUGGGAGAAAGGAGAGGCUAAGGUGCCCCCUGUUGACUAGUAAAGCACAGUGAUGAUGCCCGGGUAGGGUGGGGGGGAGGGCAGAGGUGUGUCUCUAACUGUAGACCCUUGCUGUAAACCCAGGGAGAGCUUGGAAACAUUACUUGCCACUCUGGAAUCAGGGAAGAGGAGCUAAAACAACCCUUGCCAGGUUGUGAACUAUAAAGACUGGUUGUGGGACCAAAGUAGCCAGUCCCCUUUGCCCCUUCUGCCCUCCCUCCCCCCAUUGUGCCCCUCUUGACUGUUGUGAACCUAUUUUAAACAUGUACCCAAGAGUCUA